AGCAGCUGCGCGGGCCUCGGACCGCAGCCCGCUGGGGCUGCCGGUCUCGGUCACCCGUCCUCACACCGCCCUGUUGGGCUCCGCGCCCCCGCCGCGCCCGCCGUCCGACCCUGCCCGGCAGUUCUCCAGGGCCCCGAAGCCCCUAGUCCCGCCCUACGAGGUUUCUGCAGAUGGUUUCCAUUGUCAGUGGUUUCCAGCGUCUGCCAGGCUGAUCCAUGGUCACUUUCCGGGAUGGCAGCAAGGUGACUUCAGCUGAGGAUGACCCUGACUGAAAGGCUGCGUGAGAAGAUAUCUCAGGCCUUCUACAACCAUGGGCUGCUCUGUGCAUCCUACCCCAUCCCUAUUAUCCUUUUCACAGGACUCUGCAUCUUAGCCUGCUGCUACCCACUGCUGAAGCUCCCCCUGCCGGGAACAGGACCUGUUGAGUUCUCCACUCCUGUGAAGGAUUACUCGCCCCCGCCCGCGGACUCUGACCGCAAACAAGGAGAGCCCUGCGAGCAGCCCGAGUGGUAUGUGGGUUCCCCUGUGGCUUACAUCCAGCAAAUAUUUGUGAAGUCCUCAGUGUCUCCCUGGCACAAGAACCUUCUGGCAGUAGAUGUGUUCCGCUCACCUCUGUCCCGGGCAUUCCAGCUGGUGGAGGAGAUCCGGAAUCACGUGCUGAGAGACAGCUCUGGGACCAGGAGCCUGGAGGAGGUGUGCCUUCAGGUGACCGACCUGCUGCCAGGCCUUAAGAAACUCCGGAACCUACUCCCUGAGCAUGGCUGCCUACUGCUGUCCCCUGGGAACUUCUGGCAGAAUGACCGGGAACGCUUCCAUGCUGACCCUGACAUCAUUGGCACCAUCCACCAGCAUGAGCCCAAAACACUGCAGACUUCAGCCACACUCAAGGACUUGCUGUUUGGCGUUCCUGGGAAGUACAGCGGGGUGAGCCUCUACACAAGGAAGAGGAUGGUCUCCUACACUAUCACCCUGGUCUUCCAGCGCUACCAUGCCAAGUUUCUGGGCAGCCUGCGUGCCCGUCUCAUGCUCCUGCAUCCCAGCCCCAAUUGCAGCCUUCGUGCAGAGAGCCUGGUCCAUGUGCACUUCAAGGAGGAGAUUGGGAUCGCUGAGCUCAUUCCCCUUGUGACCACCUACAUCAUCCUGUUUGCCUACAUCUACUUCUCCACACGCAAGAUCGACAUGGUCAAGUCCAAGUGGGGCCUGGCCCUAGCCGCUGUGGUCACGGUGCUCAGCUCACUACUCAUGUCUGUGGGGCUCUGCACUCUCUUCGGCCUGACGCCCACCCUCAAUGGCGGUGAGAUCUUCCCAUACCUGGUGGUGGUUAUCGGGCUAGAGAAUGUGCUGGUGCUCACUAAGUCGGUGGUCUCGACCCCAGUGGACCUCGAGGUGAAGCUGCGGAUUGCCCAAGGCCUUAGCAACGAGAGCUGGUCCAUCAUGAAGAAUAUGGCAACUGAGUUGGGCAUCAUCCUCAUUGGCUACUUCACCCUCGUGCCUGCCAUCCAGGAGUUCUGUCUCUUCGCUGUCGUGGGCCUGGUGUCUGACUUCUUCCUCCAGAUGCUGUUCUUCACCACCGUCCUGUCUAUUGACAUUCGCCGAAUGGAGCUAGCGGACCUGAACAAGCGACUGCCCCCAGAGGCCUGCCUGCCCCCAGCCAAGCCUGGCGGGCGGCCGGCACGCCAGGAGAGGCAAGUAGCUGUGCGGCCGUCCACACCCCAUACCAUCACACUGCAACCAUCUUCCUUCCGAAACCUGCGGCUCCCCAAGAGGCUGCGUGUCAUCUACUUCCUGGCCCGUACCCGCCUGGCACAGCGUCUCAUCAUGGCUGGCACCGUUGUCUGGAUUGGAGUCCUGGUGUACACAGACCCAGCAGGACUGCGUACCUACCUUGCUGCCCAGGUGACAGAACAGAGCCCCCUGGGAGAGGGCGCCCUGGCCCCCAUGCCUGUGCCUAGUGGCAUGCUUCCUGCCAGCCACCCGGAUCCUGCCUUCUCCCUCUUUCCACCUGAUGCUCCCAAGCUACCUGAGAACCAGACAUUGCCAGGCGAGCCAUCUGAGCGUAUGGGUCCAGCAGAGGGUGUUCAUGACAGCCCAGUUCCAGAGGUAACCUGGGGGCCCGAGGAUGAGGAACUGUGGAGGAAAUUGUCCUUUCGCCACUGGCCCACGCUCUUCAGCUACUACAACAUCACGCUAGCCAAAAGGUACAUCAGCCUGCUGCCAGUCAUCCCAGUCACACUGCGUCUGAACCCGAGGGAGGCUCUGGAAGGACGGCAUCCACAGGAUGGCCGCAGCGCCUGGGCCCCACCUGGGCCAGUGCCCAUGGGACUCUGGGAGAGCGAACCCAGAGUGCCUGGUGGGGUUCAGGCCCACCGUGACGUUACCUUGUACAAGGUGGCAGCACUGGGGCUGGCCGCUGGCAUCCUCCUGGUGCUGCUGUUGCUCUGUCUCUACCGCGUCCUCUGCCCGCGCAACUACGGACAGCCUGGCUCCGGCCCUGGUCGACGGCGGCGCGGGGAACUGCCCUGUGAUGACUAUGGCUACACGCCGCCUGAGACGGAGAUCCUGCCGCUGGUGCUGCGUGGCCAUCUCAUGGACAUCGAGUGCCUGGCCAGUGAUGGCAUGCUGCUGGUGAGCUGCUGCCUGGCCGGCCGAGUCUGUGUGUGGGACGCACAGACCGGAGAUUGCAUCACCCGCAUCCCGCGCCAGGGGCAGCGCCGGGACAGUGGCAGCAACAGCGUGUUUGAGGCCCAGGAGAGCUGGGAGCGGCUGUCAGACAACGGGAAGGCUGGCCCGGAGGAGCUCGGACACAGCCCCCCACUGCGACACCGCCCUCGAGGCCCUCCACCACCUGCCCUUUUUGGGGACCAGCCAGACCUCACUUGCUUAAUUGACACCAACUUCUCAGCACAACCGCGUGCCUCUGACCCAGCUCAGCCUGAACCCCGGCACCGCGCGGGUUGCAGCCGCACUCGGGAUGUCCCAGGUUAUGACUUCAGCCGCCUGGUACAGCGGGUGUACCAGGAAGAACCGCUGGCCACUGUGCGCACGCCAACCCUGCGCCCACCCUCGCCCGGACCCGUGCUGCCUCUAGCCCCUGAGAACGAAGGGGGCUCUCCUGAGAAGGGCUCCCCUUCUGCCUGGGCCCCCAGUGCGGAUGGCUCCAUAUGGAGCUUGGAACUGCAGGGCAACCUCAUCGUGGUUGGGCGGAGCAGUGGCCGGUUGGAGGUGUGGGACGCCAUUGAGGGUGUGCUGUGUUGCAGCAGUGAAGAGGGCUCCUCUGGCAUCACAGCCCUGGUCUUCCUGGACAGAAGGAUUGUGGCUGCUCGGCUCAACGGUUCCCUUGAUUUCUUCUCCUUGGAGACCCACACUGCACUCAGCCCCCUGCAGUUCAGAGGGACUCCAGGGAGAGGCAGUUCUUCCUCAUCCCCCGUGUACAGCAGCAGUGACACCGUGGCCUUUCGCCUCACCCACACAGUGCCCUGUGCACACCAGAAACCCAUCACAGCCCUGAAAGCUGCUGCAGGGCGCCUGGUGACUGGGAGCCAAGACCACACGCUGAGAGUGUUCCGUCUGGAAGAUUCCUGCUGCCUCUUCACCCUGCAGGGCCACUCAGGAGCCAUCACUUCUGUGUAUGUUGACCAGACCAUGGUGCUGGCCAGUGGAGGACAAGAUGGGGCCAUAUGCCUAUGGGAUGUACUGACUGGCAGCCGGGUCAGCCACAUGUUUGCUCACCGUGGGGAUAUCACGUCCCUCACCUGUACCACUUCCUGCGUCAUCAGUAGUGGCCUAGAUGACCUCAUCAGCAUCUGGGACCGCAGCACGGGCAUCAAACUCUACUCCAUUCAGCAGGACCUGGGCUGUGGCGCAAGUUUGGGUGUCAUCUCAGAUAGCCUGCUGGUGACCGGCGGCCAGGGCUGCGUCUCCUUUUGGGACCUAAACUACGGGGACCUGUUACAGACAGUCUACCUGGGAAAGAACAGCGAGGCCCAGCCAGCCCGCCAGAUCCUGGUGCUGGACAAUGCUGCCAUUGUCUGCAACUUUGGCAGCGAGCUCAGCCUGGUAUAUGUGCCCUCUGUGCUGGAGAAACUGGACUGAGCAGGCAGCUGAGACCCCCCCACUCAGCUGGCUGCAUGGGGGCCUCUUGCCCAAGCAGGGCUGGGGUGCUAUGAGGGGCCAACGCACUGGACCUGUACUGAGGGCGGGAGCAGAGUUGUCUUGUGGCAGCAGUUCCUGUCUGCGAUAUUAAACUUUUUAAAAAACCA